GCCCCUUGGGGUGAAAGUCCGUUUCGUUCCGUUUUAGGAAUUGUAUCUUGGUCCGUCUUACCUCUGUGCUUGUCUCAUAUUUCUCUUUUGUUGAUAAACCUCGAAGCGUUAAAUGCAGUUCAUCUGAAGUGCGAAGGGGUAUUGGAGCCUGUUGAAUUCAACAUCCGGCCAGAACUGAAAUUGGAACCGAAUAAUAUUCCAGGAUAAAACCGCGUUAUUUGCAUAUAGAGUAAUACUGAUUUUAAUCUUUAGAAAAUAAAUGCCAAAAGCGAUCCACAGUCUGGGCUUUGAGCUUGGUGAAGCUGCACAGGCGCUAGGCGAGUUAAAAGCCGCAGUGCUUGCAGACGACUGCGCGUGUGAAGCCGUCCGGUAGGUCAGUGUUUGGGUUCAAAGUCCUGAUCAGGGUCUUUUUCUCUGACUGCCUGCAAUAUGGCCACCUGGAAAGAAAUGAAGCAAGAUGAGCUCUGCCGGCAGUACUCGCCCAGCCAAUGGUCGCACAGAAUGUCAGCGGAUGAGGUGAUAAAGACCCACAAGGCAUUGCUCAGAGAAGGCACAGAGAGGGCACGCAGCGUCACCCAGACACUUCUCAACGUGCCGUACGGAGAAGGGGAGAGGGAGAAACUGGACGUCUAUGUGCCCAGCAGCCCCUCUCUAGAGAUGCCUUUAGUCAUAUACCUUCAUGGAGGCUACUGGCAGGCUUUCAGCAAAGAGGAGUCUGGCUUCAUGGCGCUCCCGCUGGUGCAGAAGGGAGUGGCUGUGGUGGCCGUGGAUUACGACAUUGCUCCGAAAGGUAAUAUGGACCUGAUGGUGUCUCAGGUCCGGCAGAGCGUGGUGUCCGUUGUCCAGCAGUACUCCCACAUCAGCGGUGUGUACCUGUGCGGUCACUCAGCGGGGGCUCACCUGGCUGCGAUGGUCCUGUCCACAGAAUGGUCUCAGUACGCCGUCACACCCCAGAUCAAAGGUGCGCUUCUGGUCAGUGGCAUUUACGACCUGCUGCCCAUCCUGUCCACUUACGUCAACGAGCCCCUGAAGAUGACGGAGGAGGUGGCGUUGAGGAACAGCCCGGGCCAGCUGGUGUCCCAGAUGAAAGACUCGUCCUCUGCCUGCGAGAUCGUGAUCGCCGUAGCGCAGAAUGACUCCCUGGAAUUCCGGAAGCAGUCUGAGGAUUUCUGCAGGGCCCUGCAGUCUUCAGGCUUCCGGGUCACUUUCGAAGACAUCCCUGAUACAGAUCACUUCAACGUCAUCGAGAGGCUGGUCGAACCAGACUACCGUCUCACGCAACUCUUGCUAAAGAUGAUGAGCAGAAGUUAAGCUCGCGGACUAGACUGGCCAGGAAGCAGGAGCGGAAUUCUGCAGGACACUGCCACCUACAGCCAGUUUGCUUUGCCUUUCGGAUAAUUUUUAUUUGCCUAGGAAAGACCUGGCCCUCCUACCAAGUCGCCCAGGGCCGAAUAUCUCCUCAUCAGACGUUAUGUUCUUGCCAUUUGUAAUUGCAGAAUAUAAGCUUUUCACAGUGUAUAGCUUCUAAAAAUAUCUCUACCGUACAGCCUUUACCACAGAACUGAUUUCCCUGGAUUAUGUAUUUGCUAAAUAAAUUACAGAAUGUUAAGAUUUUAAAAAGUUGUUAGUUUAUUUGAAACCGAUUGUGCGGAAUGUUUGAAGUGGCGCGUACAGAAUAACGGUGGUUUACAAUAUGGUCUCCCGUUUGCAGUAGAAUAUUGUACGCAUUGAAUUAAUAAAGAUAUGUAAUUUAAUUUA